CGUCAAAAUUAGUUAAUGAGUUACGCACUCUUUCGUAGAUGGCGCUACGUGUUUCCGUGCGUGUCCUUUUCCAAGAGAUUUGCAAUCAAGCAAAAUGACGGAAGGUACAGCUACUAUCAGGACGAGAAAGUUCAUGACGAAUCGGCUUUUAUGCCGAAAACAAAUGGUUGUAGAUGUAAUCCAUCCUGGCCAACCAUCGGUUCGUAAAACCGAAAUACGUGAGAAGUUAGCUAAAAUGUAUAAAGUAACUCCAGAUGUGGUUUUUGUGUUUGGCUUCCAAACCAACUUUGGUGGUGGCAAAUCUACUGGAUUUGCGCUUAUCUACGAUACCUUGGAUUAUGCCAAAAAAUUCGAGCCUAAGUAUAGGUUAGCAAGGCAUGGUCUCUUCGAGAAACAAAAACAAACCAGGAAACAGCGUAAAGAACGUAAGAACAGGAUGAAGAAAGUUAGGGGUACUAAGAAGAGCAAAGUUGGAGCAGCAUCUAAAAAGUAAAAGAAGCCAUCUUGAAGAUCAUCGACGUAAAAAUUAUUAUAUUUUACUAUGGAAUAGUGCUGUAAUUAUAAUAAAUUUUACGGAAUAAAUAUGUAUUCUUCUUGAUGAAAA